AUGUCUGAUUUGUCUCUAAAUCCCAACUGGUUUCAUAGUAAUUUACUUAAAACUUUUGUAUUGAAUAUACUAAAAAAUUCCAAAGAUGUUAAAAUCUGCGGCAUAAAUAUUGAACAUACGGACUUAAAUUGUCCUAAAUGUCCUGUUCAAAGUGAGGGACAUCUUGAGGAAAUUGAAAUAACACCUAAGCAUAAGAAAAACACGAAGCAAUUUAAAGAUUCUCAAAAAAUUAAAAAACUUGUUAAUAAGCUAUUGAAUGAGGUGACUGCUACACAAUCGCAUCAAGAGUUGACUGCACAAAACACGACACAAUCGCAUCAUGAGUCCAACACUAUAUUAGCUAUAAAUUUUAAUGAUCUUAAUAAAGAAAUUUUAAUUGCUGAAGAAAACAAUAAUAAAUCAAUUCAUGAGGUUCUUAAGUGUUAUUAUAUUCUUGGUGAGGCUAUAGCACAAUCAUUUGAAGCUUUUUAUAAUAUAUCACAUGAUAUUUCUAAUUCAAAACAGCAAGUUAAUCAGGAAUUUAAGCGGCAGCUAAAUAUUGACACUUUAGAUAUUGCUCUUAGAAAAAGAAAGGAACAGAGUGAAAAGAUUUAUAGUCUUUUUAGUUGUUUUAAUACAAAUGAUAAUAAAUCUAUAGGCAAAGAAAUGAUAGUGUGGGUUAGAUCUUUUUCUUUGUCAACUAUUUCAAAUUUAAGUUGGGAUAAUAUUAACAUAGUGAAAGAAUAUAUCACCG